AUGGACUUUCAGCCUCCAUCUUCCUCAGCCAGUCGUGAAAAGGGUUUUUCUCUCUCUCAAAAACUCAAAAUCCCAACGAGCGAGGAUGUCGUACGCCAUGUUCAUCCCUUGCGCAAGAUCAUCGCUGGAGGGCUCUCGGUCAAGAAGAACGCAGUGGUUCAGUGCAACACGCAAUGGUUCCCAAUGCCCUCCAUCCUCCCGUUCUCCCUCUAUAGACUUUGCCUGCGGAAGAUUGCAAACCCCAACCCGUCAUGUCCGGUUCGCACGAGGAGCCAUGCCCAACGGGGCCUUCCCCCCUUUUGA